UGGCGCCCUCCCUCUCUUGGGGUCUCUUUGGGUUUUCACAUGUGUUCUGACAGUCCCACAUAACCUCCACCCAGGGAGAGUUUUAAUAAUCAUCAAUUAUUUAUUUCUCUAAAACACUCGUCAUUAUUUCACCGCUUUUCAAUAAACAAACAGGCGAAAAAAAUGUCAUCCUGGAAAAAGGCAUCGAAAUCCGUGCAGAAGACGCAUCGGGAGCGUCACCAGCCCGAGUCCCGCCAGCACUUGGGUCUCCUGGAGAAAAAAAAGGACUACAAAUUGCGUGCGACUGAUUAUCAAACGAAGAAGUCGACCCUGAAACUCCUGCGGAAGCGUGCACUCAACAAAAAUCCAGACGAGUUUGAUUUUCACAUGAUAAAUUCAAAAAUCAAGAAUGGAAUUCACAGAGAGAAGGGUAAACCGAAGGAACACACACCAGAGCAGAUAAAGCUGAUGGAGACCCAGGACCUGAAGUACAUCGGUUACAAGCGUCACCUGGAGAGCGUGAAAAUAAAUAAACUGCAGAGUCAGCUGCACAUGCUGGAUGCUGUCAACGAGACCAGCAACAAGCACAUCUUCUUCGUGGAUGACGGAGAGGAGGCGAAGGGGUUUGAUCUCGCCCAGAGGCUCGACACCCACCCUGAUCUCCUACAUCGAAAGAUCAACAGACCUAGACUCUCGAAACUGCAGGAGAUGACUCUGCCUCACAUCGAUGACUCGACUCUCGCUAAAAUCGAGCAGCAGAAGCACAUGGCGUACGUCGAGCUCAGAAAAAGGGUCGAUAGAGAACGAGAACUCACUGUUGUUCAGCAGAAGCUCGAGGUUCGCAGGGCUCUCAAGAAUAAACUCGUGGAGAAACCCAAAAUCGUGAAGCAAGGCUCCAAGGAAGCUGCACCAAUCUACAAGUGGAAGUUUCAACGCUGUCGAUGACGAUUUUAUGCUGAUACAGAAUAUUUCGUAAUGGGGUCUGAGAUCGCAAGGCAGAAUUAACACUAGAAAUUUUUUUGGAGUUAUAAAAUGUGAGAAAAAGGUUUCAGGUUUUUAUAUUGUAAUCAAUACAGAUUUUUGUACUGAUUUGUUUAUUUAAGGAUAAAAUGCGAAUAUUUAGGGCUGGUUUAA